AUGUUUCACCAUCAGCUAGCUUCCAAGACCAUAGCUGCCCCACGUUUUCCUCCAAGCUAACAGCUGGUUUCUUCAGCUCUUCCUUUCACACCACGAUUUGCAAUGGCAACCUUGGCUUGCACCCUUUGAUUCUCACAUCAAAGCAUACUAAGUGUAUGAAUUACCAACUCCAACUUCUCAGAUAACUCCUUAUACACCAAAACACUGCAGGCAGCAAGAGCAAAGGUCUUCCCAAUUCCUUUUGUCUUGAGAGAAAGAACCAUAGACAGUGCGGAGACAUGGCUGCCCCUGCUGUUCCCUCACCUCAGAAGAAGCUCAUAGAAGUGCUCCAGAGGGAGCAGGACAUCCUCUGGAGAAUCCUGUGGGAAAACAUUGACAAGGUGAAAGAGCUUACUGAUUCCACCAGCGCCACCCUGCGAGGCCCUGAGAUCGAGAGCAUGCCAAAGACAGCCAAGAUUUGGUUGCAUCAGGUACGAGAGAUCAACCGCGACAUCGAAGACAUCCUCGAGAAGUCCCCCUCGAAGACCUGCAGCUCAAAAGGAUCCAACAUCCUGUCAUGCAUCACUCAGCCGAUCAAUUUUGUUGCGCGGCAGAGGAUAUACAAGCAGGUGCAAUCUCUCAGUGCCCGCAUAGAUACCAUCAAAUUGAGGCUGUCACUGCUGACCAACUUUGAUGACAAGGAGGCACCAGCAAAUCCAACACGGUACCAGCUGGAUGACCGGCAGCUUGACAUGCUCUCACUAGAUGAGGCUAAAGUGAUAGGCAUUGGUUAUCCAAAGGCAAAGGUAACUCAACUGUUGCUGGACGAAGAAAAGCAGCUGAGGGUGAUCUCCAUAAUUGGAAGUGCCGGUGUUGGCAAGACAACUCUUGCAAGGAGCGUUUACAACGACAAAAAAGUGCAAGGGAGGUUCCGGUGCCAUGCAUGGAUCACAAUUGGUGCCCCGAUCCCGAUGGUGGAUCGACUGAAGAGUAUCAUGGUGCAAAUAUUUGUGGAGAAGUUGGAGGAAAUACCAGCAAGACUUGACUUCAUGGAUGAGAUUCAGAUUGCUGAGGUUAUUGGACGGUAUCUUGCUGACAAAAGUUUCUUGGUUGUCCUGGAUGACAUAUGGAAUUCUGAUACGUGGGAUUACUUGAAACUUGCUCUUCCCAACAAUGGCCAAGGGAGUCGGAUCAUCGUGUCUACACGAGCUCAAGAGAUUGGCAGAGACUGUCGCUUAGCUUCUGAUAUUCAGAUCUUUGAGAAGAGACCACUCAAUGAAGAUGAUGCUUGGUUGCUCUUCUGCAACAAGGCUUUCCCAGCAAUUCAGGCAAGAUGUCCAGCUGAACUGGAGGAGACGGGAAGAAAGAUUGUCAGGGAGUGCCAUGGCGUGCCCCUGCUCGUUGUCACCAUCGGUGGACUAAUGUCGAUGAAGGAACAAACAGUCCAGGUUUGGAAGAAUGUGCUUGACAACUUGCACAAGAAGUACCUCCCUGAGUUUACCCUCCCUAGCAUCCUGUGGUUUGCUUACAGUGACCUACCUCACCACCUCAAAUGUUGCCUUUUGUACUUCAUCAUGUUCCCAAGGAAGUACUCUAUUAAGCGCAUGACGCUCAUUCGGCUAUGGAUGGCUGAAGGGUUCAUCAAGAAUGACCAGGAAAGCACACUUGAGGACACUGCAGGCCGUUAUCUGACAGAGCUCAUAGACAGGGGCAUGGUCCAAGUGGCAGAUUUUUAUGAUUAUGGGAGGGUGAAGAGCUGCAGCGUCCAUGAUAUGCUGCGAGAGAUCAUCAUCUUGAAGUCAACCGAGGACAACUUUGGCAUUCCUGUGACCCGAGGAGUUAACAAGGUCAGAGGAAAUGUGCGACGUCUGUCCAUCAUCAAUACAAAUGAUGAUUUCCUAGAAGACAACAGCUGCACCAACCUCCGCACUUUGUUUGUCUUCGGUGCUAGCUCAAUAAGCACCACGUCGCUGCACGCAUUUCUGGUCGGAUUUCGGUUGCUGAGGAUCCUAGAUUUGGAGGGUGCACCUGUCGAGAGCUUACCAGAUGAACUGCCUGACCUUUUCUACCUGCGUUAUUUGAGUCUGAGGAAUACAAGGAUUGACAAGCUCCCAAAGUCUUUGAAGAAGAUGAUGAACUUGCAGACAUUGGACCUGAAAGGUACAUAUGUCUCUCAGCUGCCUUCAGGAAUCACCAAGCUUGAAAGCCUUCGACACCUACUUGCUUACCGAUAUUACUCCGGUCGGCAUCCGCCAUAUUACUAUACGCUCGGAGUCACACUUCCCCGAGGAAUAGGGAAUUUAAAGGAGCUGCAGAAGCUGACUUAUGUUGAAGCAAACCAAGGAAAUGGGACCAUCGAGGAGCUAGGUAGCCUGACACAGCUCAGAAGAUUGGGCAUUGUCAAGCUGCGUGAAAGGGAUUGCAUGCACCUCUGCUCAUCGGUUGCCAAGAUGACGGAACUUCUUUCCCUUUCAGCGUCAUCGCUUGAUGAUGAAAUUCUUGAUCUCGGAUCCCUGAAUCCUGCUCCUCAGUGCCUCAGGCGCCUCUAUCUGAGGGGGCCAUUGCCGGGAAUACCUUCUUGGCUGCACUCCCUCAAGAAUCUUGUGAGGAUACGGCUUAGGUGGUCACGCCUGAACGAGGACUCACUUAAAGAGCUCCAAAGUCUCCCUCUUGUUGAACUUGCACUGAUUCAAGCUUAUGAUGGGACAAAGCUAGAAUUUACCCAAGGAUUUGCCAGGCUGGAGAUACUGGAGUUGGACCAUUUAACUAACCUAGAGCAUAUCAACCUUGAGAAAUCAAUGCCUGGCCUUCAGAAGAUAUCCAUCAGGUCAUGCGACAAAUUGCUUACCAUCCCUCAUGGUAUAGAAGGGUUAGAGAACCUCAAAGAGCUUUACUUAUUUGCCAUGCCCAAGAACUUCGUGGAGAGCUUGAUGACUGGUGGUGUUAAGCAUCGGAGAGUUGAGCAUAUUCCAGUUAUUCGACACUUCAAUGAACAUCGGGACAUUUCUUUGACAAAUCUUUGAAGGUUGAAGGUACAGUAUUAUGGCUUGGUGCAUUCUCUUGAUUGAUACGCAUACACAUCUGGCAAAUUGGUGUACAUGCUGGAUCAGUGUUUCUCCACAUGCAUCUGCAGAGAUGCAUGGCUAUUUUGAAAAGAACAGAGCUGCCAUUGUCCAGAAGGACAGAAGAGCUUUUCAGUGGUUAUUUUUGGAAGAAAUAUGCAGAUAUAAUGUUGCUCAUAUAGUACAUGCUUGCUACAGGGAUUUUUGCAUUGGUUGGAAAGGUUAUUCCAAAACAGCCAAGAUAAAUGACAUUCUCAAGGAAGUACAGCACUCCCAUGCUAAAAGGAUGUGUUUACAUGCCAAAAAAAGGUGGUAGCUAAUUGCCAGAAAAGUAGUAAAGCACUUGGCCAAUUUAGCAAACUAUCUGAAAUUACAAGUUGUGUUAUGGCUGACAAACGUGUUAGUCAAUUCAUGACUAGCAUUAUGUAUGCAUUAGUGAAUAUGUAGUACUCAUCAAUCUGUACCAUGUGAAAAUUAGUCAAGUGUGUUCCUAUAACAUGGCUGCUACACAAAGACAAAGACUGUUGAACACUUCUACUCAUAUAAAGCUAAGUUAGAAAUUGCA